CUCCUUUCCCUGCCUUCCUGACAGCGCUCUGUCCUGUGCUGCCGCUGGUACACUCCAGCCACCUCCCCCUGACCUGCUUGCUCACACUCAGGGACGCAGGUGCAGCAGAGGCUGAUGCUGCCUUUUCAGCUCAUUAAGAGUUAAGAAGCAAGAAGUUGGGAAGCUAUGGGCAGGGCACGCAGGCCCCCACCUGAGCAGCACAGGCAUUGUGAGGGCUGCUUCAACCGCCACUGCCAUGCUCCCGUGGAGCCCAAGGUCUCCUGCCUGGUGAUAAGCUGCCACCUGCUCUGUGGUGCUACCUUCCACAUGUGCAAAGAGGCAGAGCACGAGCUCCUCUGCCCAUUAGAGCAGGUUCCUUGCCUCAACUCCCAAUAUGGCUGCCCCCUUUCCAUGUCCCGCCACAAGCUGGCCAAGCACCUGCAGGCGUGUCCGGCCAGUGUGGUCUGCUGCUCCAUGGAGUGGAAUCGCUGGCCAAAUGUGGACUCUGAAACUGCCCUUCAUGAGAACAUCAUGAAAGAGCCCCCCAGUGAGGAGUGUUUGGACACAGCCCUGGCCCUACAGGACCAGAAGGUCCUGUUCAGAUCUUUGAAAAUGGUAGAACUUUUCCCAGAAACUAGAGAGGCUGCUGAGGAGGAGCCAGCCAUGAAUGGGGAAGCCAGCUUGGAGGACAUGGGAGGAGCUGUGGGUGGAGUGGGUGACGAUUUGGUACCUCACAGCUGCCUUCCAGCAACUAAUGGGAACACAGCAGAGCUGACUCAAGAAGAGCGAGAGGCAUUAGCCAAAACCAAAGAAGGGAUGGACCUGCACAAGUUUGGCAAGUGGGAAAAUAUAUUCAGCAAAGAGCAUGCAGCGUCUGCUUUAGCAAAUUCAUCAGAUAGCUGUGAGAGCAAGAGCAAGCCUAGCUCAGGGAAGGAGCAGAUUUCUAGUGGCAAUGUGACAAAGGUAGAGGGCACUGCCAAAGGGAAGGAGCCAUGGGAAAACCAGAAGCAGCAGGACCUUCACACAGUCAUGGAAACGACAGGGCUUGCUCCUUGGCAGGAUGGUGUUCUAGAAAGAUUGAAAACAGCUGUGGAUGCAAAGGACUAUAAUAUGUAUCUAGUGCACAAUGGGCGGAUGCUUAUUCACUUUGGUCAGAUGCCGGCUUGUACACCUAAGGAGAGAGACUUUGUGUAUGGCAACCUUGAGGCUCAGGAAGUCAAGACUGUUCACACCUUCAGAGUUCCUGUGAGCUACUGUGGAAAGCGAGCUCGAAUUGGAGAUGCCAUGUUGAGCUGCAGGCCAAGCGAGCACAAGGCAGUGGAUACUUCAGAUCUGGGCAUUACUGUGGAGGACCUGCCAAAAUCAGAUCUCAUCAAGACUACCCUCCAAUGUGCUUUGGAAAGAGAACUCAAAGGUCACGUCAUCUCUGAAUCCAGGAGCAUUGAUGGGCUGUUCAUGGAUUUUGCCACCCAGACAUACAACUUUGAGCCAGAACAGUUUUCUGCUGGAACGGUGCUGGCUGACCUAACCACUGCCAGUCCCCUGGGACUCCACGUGGAGCUCCACAGCGAGUGUGUGACCAGGAGACACAACAAGAGCAGCUCUGCUUUCACUUUCACUUGCAACAAAUUCUUCAGAAGGGAUGAAUUCCCCCUGCACUUCAAGAACGUUCAUGCAGACAUUCAGUCAUGUAUCAAUGGCUGGUUCCAGCACCGAUGCCCCCUGGCCUACUUGGGAUGUACAUUUGUCCAAAACCAUUUCCGCCCCCCAGGGCAAAAGGCGAAAGUGAUCUAUAGUCAGGAGCUCAAGACCUUUGCCAUCAAGCCAGAGGUUGCUCCAGAGCUGAGUGAGGGAAAGAAAAACAAUCAUCUCUCAGGUCACAGAGGAAAAAGCCAGCAUGGUCUAACCAGCCUGCCCCUGGAGAUUUUGCAGUACAUUGCUGGGUUCUUAGAUAGCAUCAGCCUGUCCCAGCUCUCCCAGGUGUCCCUGCUGAUGAGAAAUAUCUGUGCCACUUUGUUACAAGAGAGAGGGAUGGUCCUCCUGCAAUGGAAGAAGAGGUAUUCCCAUGGAAGAACCUCCUGGAGAGUCCACAGAGAGAUCUGGCAGUUCAGCAGUCUGUUCUCCAAAAUCAAGAGCUGGGAGUUUAAUGAAGUCACCUCCAUGUCCGAGCACCUGAAAGCCUGUCCUUUCAACAUUGUAGAGCACAAAACUGACCCAAUUCUUUUGACCAGCAUGUGUCAGCCCCAUGAACAGGCCCCAGAGAGCUUGGUCUCCACCUUUAGAGCCAGAGCACGAGGAAGAUACGCCUCCUAAAGAUUCAGAUGUCAGCAUUCUUGGGUUUCUCCUUGGAGUUGCUGAAAGUAGGACAGAGUAUGGUUUUGAAGAUUCCCUUCAGUAAACUGUAUGUUUGCUUAUCAGGGUGUAUUGGGACAUGAAAAGUUCAAAUAUAAAACCUCCACCAUCACAUAAGACCUUCAAGACCUCUGCGGUCACAAAGACCUAAGAAUUUCCUAUGCCCUGGAUUGUGCCAUAGGGUCAUACUGAUGACUUAAUUCCUUUCCUUUGUUUUUUUCUUUUCUGAGGAGAAAAUAAGUAACUUGAGGCCAUUUGGAAGAUGAAUCCAACUGCUUAAAAGAUGAGAAACGAGCAUGGGCCUGGUUUACAAAGCCCUUCCAAGUAUGUGGAGCAGGCAACGUAGGGAGGGAACUAAGGUGCACAGAGUUACUUGCCAGGGCUCCUAGGGUGAUGCACACAGCUGGAAGGUGCUGAAGCUGGAUCUGUCUUGACAGUCAAGUCCAGGGCUUCUUUCAGUUUCCCUCCUGCCUUUAAGCCCAGAUAAUUCUAACAGCCCAACUGACAAGAAGCCCCUGUUGAGCUCAGCCACCCUGGAGAACACCAUGGUCCAACAGAUGAGGAGCCAAUGUGAAGUCAUAGAGUCUGUUGUACAGAAUCUUGGCAACACAUAGAAGAAAAGCAUUGAAAAAUAGUCCAAAAAUGACACUAUAUUUAUGAAAAAAGUAGGACCAAAAAUCACAAGCCCACUUUUUAACUUCUUAACAAUGGCUUAAGGGCAGGCACAGUGGCUCAUGCCUAGCACUUUGGGAGGCCAAGGCAGGAAGCUCACUUGAGGCCAGGAGUUCAAGACCAGCCUGAGCUCGAGUAAGUCCUUAUCUCUACAAAAAUUAGAAAAAUUAGCUGAGUGUGGUGGCACAUGCCGGUAGUCUCAGCUACUCAGCAGGCUGAAGAUAGGAGGAUUGCUUGAGCCCAGGAGUUUGAGGUUGUAGUGAGCUAUGAUGAUGCCGCUGCCCUCUAGCCCAAAUGACUGAGUAAAACUCUGUCUCAAAAAAUAAAAAAUAAAAAUGA